GGGUGCGGGCCUUCACUGAGAAUUGGGUUCCGUCAUAUGCUUCCUCUCCAAGUCCAGGAGUGGUACGGUGGGGUCGCGGAGCUUGCCAGCUUUGUGGCUGCAACUCGCCAGCCUGAUGGGGCGGCUUCGCGCGUGCUGCCGUCUCCACCGCUUCCUCGCGCCGCCGCCGGCACAAGUGCCAUCACCGGGACAAUCUCUGGCCCGCGGGUCCAACACCGCUACCGCUCACGUAGCGCCUUUCUCGAGGCUUCUCUCGUCGGCCGCGGCCGUUGCGCCCCACGACACACGCGACUCGGGCCUCGGCGGUUCGGCGUACUGGGCCUGGAUUCGCGCGGCGACCGAGUCGGCCCCGGCUCCUUCGCCGCCCCAGGAGGAGGAGGACGAGGGCCCAGCACGCUACAUCCCCGUCAAAGCCUACUUCCUCUCCACCAGCAUUGAUCUGAAGAGCAUGCAAGCGGAGCACGGGAAUGAUAUUGUACCUCCGUCGACCCGUUUGCUUAACUACAUUGCGCUUCGGUACUCCGAGUUCCCACCUGAGAUUAUGAACAUUGGAGUGAAGGAUAACAGAUUUUGCUAUCGCUAUGUGGUUGUUUUCCAGUAUGGUUCUGCUGUGCUUUUCAACAUUGCUGAUCAUGAAGCCGAGUACUAUCUUGAUAUAAUUAGGAAGCAUGCUUCAGGAUGGCUUCCAGAGAUGAGAAAAGAUGAUUAUGCAGUGGUUGAGAAACCAUCCUUGACAACAUGGAUGAAAGGAGGACUUGAUUAUAUAGUUCUUAAAAGUUUAGAUACAGACGGGAUUCGCAUAAUUUCAAGCGUUCUUGGUCAAAGUAUCGCCCUUGAUCACUAUAUUCGGCAGGUCGAUGAUAUGGUUGAGGAAUUCACUGAAAUUAAUCGUGUCAUGGAGAAAACCGGUAACUUUACCAUGCAAAGAAAAAAACUCUUUCAACUUGUGGGUAAGGCCAAUUCUAAUCUUGCGGAUGUUAUCAUCAGACUUGGUCUUUUUGACAGAAAUUGCUUGGAAAAAUGCAAAUUAUGCACAAAUUCUAGAAUAUCUUCGGGAGGAAUAUGAACUGAAUCAGCGUUUUGGAAGCCUUGACUUCAAACUGAAAUUUGUGGAGCAUAACAUUCACUUUCUUCAAGAGGUCCUCCAAAACAGACGGUCUGAUCUGCUGGAAUGGGGUGUCAUAAUACUGCUGAUUAUUGAGAUUGCUAUCUCAUUAUAUGAAAUUGCCAAGGACUCCAUGAUCGAUUGAGAGCUCUGAACAACACCUCUAUUCAUCCUCGAUCAUCCCAUUAUGCUAACUCCAGAUCCACUGUUUUAACAAAAAAAGGAAAAGAAUGACCCCAGCUUCCAUAUUUUCUGACUAUCCAUCUCCACCCUUUGGAUUUCUAACCUUAGAUGAAAGGAAGUUGGGAAUGGCGUUCUGGCUUGAGUUUAUUUACAUCCUUUAAUUCUACAACUCCAAACGAAAAGAAGUUUGGCCAAUUUUCCUAUGUCCAAUGAGUUCCCGGGCAGCCAGGUUUUCCAAUUUGAGUAGAAUCUAGUUUUCCUUUCAAUAUUCAUGCCAGGUGUUCUUGAUACAUGUUCUUGGUGCCACUUUUUAGUAUCUUGAUAGGACUGUCAGCUCUUUUUUUUUGGGGGCAAGGCUGACGCCAGGCAGCUGCAACUGGACCUGAUGGAAAAAUCAUGAAAGUUUUUAUCAAAUGGCUUUGUAAUUUGUACAAAUACUUAGCGUGGGAAGGUUCCAUUUGGUUUAACCAUACUGAAUUGCUCGUUCCAUUUUGCGUGGUAAUUAACCAUGCAUACUGUAAGUAUGUGUAGUACACUUGAUGCCUAUGAGUGAGAGUGAAUUAGAUAUUUCUUCUAGUCAAAAUCUAUGCAAUAAAUAAACUAUCUGUGUAUAAUUAUAUUUUU